CUGGCAACCCUGGAUCGGAGCCGUUUAGCGGGGACCAAAACAGGAACAUGGCAUCAGUGUUCGGUGGAAUAGAAGGUGGAGGAACUCACUCCAGGACUGUGCUGCUGUCAGGAGAUGGGAAGGUGCUGGGAGAGGCGGUGGGACCCUGCACCAACCACUGGUUGAUCGGGGUGGAUAAAUGUCUUAAAAACAUCAACGAAAUGGUCCAGAAAGCCAAGAUCACAGCAGGACUGGAUCCAGACACGCCGCUACACUGUUUGGGUAUGUCUCUGAGUGGGGGCGAGCAGAAGGAUGCCAUCGACAACCUGAUUGCCGUGAUGAAGGAUCGGUUCCCACAUCUCAGCGAGCAUUACUUCAUCACCACAGAUGCCAUUGGUGCCAUGGCAACGGCGAGUGAUCGAGGCGGUAUAGUCCUGAUCUCAGGGACUGGCUCCAACUGCAAGUUGGUCAACCCUGAUGGCUCACAGAUCGGCUGCGGUGGGUGGGGUCACAUGAUGGGUGAUGAAGGAUCAGCAUUCUGGAUUGCUCACCUGGCUGUGAAGACGGUGUUUGAUGCCAGAGACAACCUGGUGGCGCCUCCUCAUGACAUAACACAUGUUAGAAAAGCCAUAGAGGACUACUUCCAGGUGUCAGAUCUGAUGGGCAUGCUGCCACAUCUGUACAGAAACUUCCAGAAAUCUUUUUUUGCUGGUUUCUGCAAGAAGUUGUCCGAAGGUGCCGAAGCUGGAGAUGCUCUCUGCCAACAUGUGUUUGCCGAGGCAGGGAGAGUCCUGGCUAAACACGUAGAAGCGGUCCUACCUGCAGCACAAGAGCCUUUAUUAAGUGGUGAAUCCGGCGUGCCCAUCCUGUGUGUGGGCUCCGUGUGGAAAAGCUGGUCUCUGCUAAAGCCAGGGUUCACAGAGGUCUUGGACAAGGCGGCAUCGUCAGAUGGGUUGAAAGGGCGUUUCCGUGGCUACAGCCUCCUGAUUUUGCAGCAUUCCUCAGCCCUCGGAGGUGCCAGCCUCGGUGCUCAGCGUUUAGGCUCCUCAAUUAGCAUGGAUUAUGGCGCCAAUGCUAAAAUCUUCUAUCAAUGCUCCUUCAGCAGCAGCCAGAUACAAUAGGGCACAAGGCCACUUUAUGAUUCCUCAUACUCUAAUCACAAUUACUUAAAUCAGGUUUGUGUAAGAUAGGACUUGCACAUGAUUUCACAGGAUUUCCCCCCAACAAAAGAGAUUAAAAAAAUGUAUAAAAUCUUGUGGAGUUUUUUUUUUUUACUUGGCAGUUUCUGUAACAAGAGCUGAAAUUAUUUUUAUUGAACUGUUGACUUUUUUUUCUACCUUUGAUGAUUCAUUUGCACUCAUGAUUUAUAAUAAAAGUGCUGGUGAUUUUGAA